AUGCCACCCCCAAUCCUCCUCCUGAAGACUAGAUCUUCUCCAAACGACGGAUAUGACGAUUACUUCUCUGCAAACAAUUACGCCCCAACCUUCGUACCCGUCCUCGAGCACCGAUUCCACACCUCCAACCUCGCCGCUGUCCGCGAACUCUUCGCAUCCGGCGCAUUCAACCCCGAGCCAGAAAAUGCCAAACCCACCCAAUUAAACACCGCCGAAAACGCAGCGAUCCCUUCAAAGCGUUAUGGAGGCAUGAUAUUCACCAGCCAGCGCGCAUCCCAUCUACCCCCCUCAAUCCCCCUCUACACCGUCGGUCCCGCAACAGCCCGAACCCUCACCACCCUGCGCGACAAGUAUCUCCCCACCAGCACGAUCCACGGCGCCGAUACUGGAACAGGCGAGAAUCUGGCGUACAUGAUGCUGGACCACUAUAAUGAUAUACAAAAGACGGUACCGAAACCGGGCCUACUCUUCCUAGUCGGCGAACAGCGUCGAGAUAUCAUUCCAAAGACCCUAAUGGAUCCCACGCUCCCGGAUUCGAAGCGCAUUGACGUCCAUGAAAUCGUCGUCUACGAGACUGGUGAAAUGGAUUCCUUUGAGACAGACUUUAAGACACAUGUGCAAGGGUAUAAUGGCGAAGAAGGGAUUUGGGUUGUGGUAUUUUCGCCGUCCGGGUGCGAGGCUAUGUUAAGGGUACUGCAACUUGGUCCGUUUGCUGCUGCUGCGACGGCUGGGUCGAAGAGGAAUUUCUUUGUUGCGACUAUCGGGCCUACGACGCGGGAUUAUUUGAGGAGGGAGUUUAGCUUUGAGCCGGAUGUUUGUGCCGAGAAGCCUAGUCCUGAGGGUGUUGCGGAGGGGAUUCGGAGGUUUGUGGCGGGGUUGAAUAAGUGA